UCUUUUAAAAAUUUUGAAUGAAAUCUGAAGGUUAUGUAACCCAUGUUGGCCCAAUUAUUAUUUUCUAAUGUAAUAUUGUUUUAGUCAUAUUUAUUUUGUAUAUUUUCAGGUUCAGACGGUGGUGAUGAUAAUACUUCUGGAAAACUAGCUUUGGGUGGCCAUGUUUUACAGAAGGGAGAGUGUCGUCCAAUGGCUGACAACCAGUACAUGGCUCUUAAGAGGACAUCUAUACUAAAAGCCAGCCAGCCUGAGAGACAAGUUAAACAACUUCAAAAAGCUGUGCAGAGCUAUAAACCAAUAUCUGAUCAUAAACAUAAUAUUGAAUAUGAACAGAAGAAGAAAGCAGAAGGACGAAAAGCCAGAGAUGACAAAGAUAAAGUCAUGGAUGUGCUUUUUGCUGCAUUUGAGAAGCAUCAAUAUUACAAUAUUAAAGAUCUGGAGAAGAUAACACGGCAGCCUGUUGUAAGUUUCUUUUUAACUCUUGUGCCAUUUAUUUAAUCACUAGAACCAAUU